AUGGCAAGCUUUAGCAGCCACGGUGUGCUCCUGGUUUCGCUGGUGGGGCUCCUGGUGCUGGUCCUCUGCGGCACUGGCGAAGCACAGAGCAACCAGGACUGCUGCCUGUCCUACACCAAGGUGCGCUUGCCCCGCUGGGCCCUGAAGGGUUACUCUGAGCAGCUCUCCAGCGAAGUCUGCGACAUCCAUGCGAUCAUAUUCCACACCCGCAGUGGGCUGCACGCCUGUGUAAAUCCUAGGGAAGCCUGGGUGAAGAAGCAUCUUCUUUUCCUGAGCCAGAAGCUCAAGAAGAUGUCCACAUGA